AUGAUUUGUUCGAGGUUGGACGAUAUGGUCGAAGAGGUGCUGACGGUGAAGCGGGCUACGAUAACAACAAUAGAAGCGGAGAAUGAAAAGCAGGCAGUCACUAUGAAGGCGUGCGUCGCUCUGCUCGAUGCCUCGUCUGACUACUACGAAAACCUCGUGCUGCUACACGACGAGCUUCGCCAACGGGAUAGACGCGAAGAUAGGCCGAGCCGCCACCGUUCCGAGAGAGCGCCUUGCUCUAUCCUCAUCCUGGGGACCCGCCGGGAGCGGAUCAGCCGCUCGCAAAAA